GUCUAUCUGAGACACUGUCUGUCACUGCAGCUGAGGCAGAGCUAACCUGUGCAGAGUGGGGACACGACGUACGUGUGGGGACACUCAGGACGGAGUUUCAAAGCCUUGGCCCUGUUGAUCUUCAUCCCUGACUUGGGGAAAAGCCAGGAGCUUCCAAAGAUCGGAGGCUGCCCACAGACCCACUGGUAAAGAUGGACAAUCAAGACAAAAAGCAAAAUGGCUACACAGAUGUCCAUGGCCCUGUGGCUGGCAUAUUUCUGGAGAAAACAAAGGAGAAGAUAACCAUAUACCAAGCCAUGAAAAAACGUCUGCUCAAACCAGGGACAGCAUUAGCCCUGCUUGAAGCACAAGCUGCCACAGUGGGCAUUGUAGACCCAAUAAACAACAGAAUACUUCCUGUUGUAGAUGCUGUCAAAGAAGGAAUUGUCGGACUGGAGAUGAAGGAGAAACUUCUUGGAGCAGAGAAAGCCAUCAGUGGCUAUGUAGACCCCUACACCAAUCAAAUAAUAUCUUUAUUCCAAGCAAUGCAAAAAGAUUUAGUCCCAAGAGAUAAUGGACUGAGGUUGCUUGAAGCACAGAUUGCCACACAAGGCCUGUUUGAUCCUACUGAGAAAAAGAACAUUCCAGUUGAAUCCGCCAUUGAAAAGGGCUACUAUGAGAAGGGUUUAAUCAAUGACAGGAUGUCAGAGCUCAAAGUUUUCUACCAUCCAAGUUCGCAAGAAACUCUAAACUACCAAAAUCUCCUAGAGAAAUGUACCAUGGAGCCCGAUACAGGCCUGUUGCUCCUUCCUGUCUGCAUCACCUUCAAAGGUCUGCGAAGAGGCAUCUCCUCCACUGAACUCUUUGAAUCGAAGAUCAUUGACAAAGAAACAUACGAUGACCUACGAGAGGGAAAAACCACAACACAGGAUGUGUUGUUGAUGGAAACCGUGAAAGAAUACCUGGAGGGCAAAGGCAGUAUUGCAGGUAUUGCUGUGCUUUCAACCAAUCAGAGAAUGAGCAUUUACCAAGCCAUGAAACAAGGAAUACUGAUGCCUGGAACUGCAUUAGUUCUGCUGGAGGCACAAGCGUCAACUGGAUUUAUGAUUGAUCCUGUAGAAAAUAAAAAGUUCACUGUGGAUGAGGCCAUCAAGAACAAACUUGUUGGGCCAGAAUAUCAUGCAAAGCUGUGUUCUGCAGAGAGAGCAGUGACUGGAUACAAAGAUCCAUACACAGGUGAAAUAAUAUCUUUGUUUCAAGCACUGUCCAAAGACCUUAUUGUCAGGGAGCAUGGGAUUCGCCUACUUGAGGCACAGAUUGCUACAGGUGGAAUAAUAGACCCAAUCAACAGUCACAGACUUCCCACUGAAGUGGCCUUUAAGAGAGGUUAUUUUAAUGAAGAAAUGAAUGAUGUACUUGAAGAUUCAGGGGAUGACACAAAAGGGUUUUUUGACCCAAAUACAGAAGAUAAUCUUACCUAUCUUCAACUGAUGGAAAGGUGUGUCAUUGAUCCUGUCACUGGAUUGUGUCUCCUCCCUCUCUUGAAUAAAACAGACAGAGUGAACUUUAACUUCAUUGAUUACCAAACUAAAAUGGCCUUCAAAGAAGUGAAGGUGAACCUCACAUGUGGGAAGUACAUGGGAAUGACAGUAUCUCUGUGGGAACUGUUGAUGUCAGAAUACUUUGAUGAACAGCAGAGACGUGACAUCAUUCAGAAGUACAGAGAAGGGAAGCUUGAUAUCAAGAUAAUCAUUACAACAGUUCUGGAAAUCAUUGAGAAGUCUGUGAAAACAACUAAAGUUGUCUUUGAAGGCAUCAGAGAAAAUGUCACAGCCAAACAGCUUUUGGAGGCAGACAUCAUCAGUGAAGAGGCCCUUGAGGAUUUGAAAAAGGGAAAAAAGUCAGUGAAAGACAUGAUGAAAGACGAAAUGGUAAAUGUGUACCUACAAGGAAAAGGCAGCAUUGCAGGUAUUCUGCUUCCUGAUUCUCGAAUCAUGACCAUCUAUCAGGCCAGACACAGAGGACUGCUGAUGCCAGGGACAGCUCUGAUUCUGCUGGAAGCACAGGCAGCAACAGGAUUUAUUAUUGACCCUAUUGGAAACAGAAAGUUUUCAGUGGAUGAUGCUGUAAAAGCAAAUAUUGUGGGGCCAGAUGUCUGUCAAAAGCUGCGCUCAGCAGAGAGGGCAGUCACUGGGUACAAGGAUCCAUAUGAUGGAAAAAUAAUCUCUCUGUUCCAAGCGAUACAAAAAGACCUCAUCGUAACAGACCAUGGAAUUCGGCUCUUGGAGGCUCAGAUUGCAACUGGUGGCAUUAUAGAUCCAGUGAACAGCCAUCGGAUUCCUGUCCAUGUGGCCUAUGAAAGGGGCUACUUCAAUGAGGAAAUGAAUGAAAUCCUGACUGAUCCAAGUGAUGACACCAAAGGAUUUUUUGAUCCCAACACACAUGAGAACCUGACAUACUUGCAGCUCAUAGCCAGAUGUGUCACCGAUCCCAGUACAGGUCUUUGUCUUUUGCCACUCAAGAGCAAAGGUAGAAAAAUAACCAUUGAUGAUAAUCUUCGAGAAACAUUCAAAAUAACAGUUACUGUCAAGUAUGGCAGGUUCAAGGGCAAGCACACAACACUGUGGGAUCUGAUCAGUUCAGAGUAUCUGUCUGAAGACAAACGACAAGAGUUUUUCAAGCUUUUCAAAUCAAGAAAAAUCACACUUGAGCAACUCAUCAUCACCAUUUUAGACAUCAUUGAAAGUAAGGAAAUAAAAAAGCAAGCCGCUCUGAACUUUAAAAGUCUCAGAGGAGAGGUCUCUGUUGUGGAUCUUUUGGAGCUGGAAAUUGUGGAUGAAGAAACAUACAACAGCUUAAUCGAUGGACGUUUGACAAGCACUGCUGUGAUGCAAAUGGACAGAGUGCGAGACUACCUAGAGGGAAAGAGUUGCAUAGCUGGGGUGCUUCUUCAACCCUCAAAUAAGAAGAUUAGCAUCUAUGAGGCACAGAGACUUGGUAUUCUUACACCUUGCACUGCCCUUUGCCUCCUUGAAGCACAAGCAGCCACAGGGUUCAUUGUUGAUCCUCUGAAAAACCAAAAACUUACAGUGGAACAAGCUCUCAGAGAAAAAGUAUUUGGUCCCCAGGUGUAUGAAAAGCUUUUGUCUGCAGAGAGGGCUGUCACCGGUUACACAGAUCCAUACACUGGUCAAAAGAUCUCACUCUUCCAAGCCUUAAAAAAGGAUUUAAUUGUCAAACAGCAUGGCAUCCGUUUACUUGAGGCCCAAAUUGGUACAGGUGGCAUCAUUGAUCCCAUGAAGUGUCUUCACCUACCACUCCAGGUUGCAUACAAGAAGGGAUAUUUUGAUGCAGAGCUAAAUCAAAUUCUGAUGGACCCAACUGAUGACACAAAGGGCUUUUUUGACCCAAAAACAAAAGAAAAUCUCACAUACAUGGAGUUGUUGGGCAGAUGUGUCAAAGAUAAGGAAACAGGACUGUGUCUCUUGCCACUGAAUGACACACCAAAUGCUACAGAAAACCCUAAUAUCUAUACUGACACAGAGAUAAAGCAAGAGUUUGAAAAGACAUCUGUGAACAUAUCAAUGGGACGAGUAAAAUCCUUUACUCUAUGGGACCUGAUUCACUCUAGGUACUUCACAGCAGAACAGCGGCUUGAAAUCAUUGAAAAAUACAGAACAAAGAUGACCACCAUACAGACUAUAAUCACUCUAGUGACUUCCACCAUUGAAACUCUGGAAAAGAGUGAAACUCCCAAGAUGAUAAUGGGAAUGAGAAAGCCUGUCUCUGCACAACAACUUUUGGAUUCUGAAAUUAUUGAUGCAGACACAUUCAAACAAAUGAAUGAAGGAAAACUAACCUUUGAAGCAAUGACCCAGCGAGAAUCUGUGAGAGGAUUCCUGUUAGGAACAGGAAGCAUUGCUGGAAUCAAAGUUUAUCCCUCACAGAAAGUAAUGAGCAUUUAUGAUGCAAAAAAGGAAGAUCUGUUGACACCUGGCAUUGCACUUCUUCUGCUGGAAGCACAAGCUGCAACAGGAUGGGUAAUUGAUCCACUCAAAAACAAAUUCUAUUCUGUUGAUGAGGCAGCAAGAGAGAAAUUAAUUGGACUAGAUAUACAUGAGAACCUUCUCUCGGCUGAACGUGCCGUUACUGGCUAUAAAGAUCCAUAUACUGAUGCAACAAUAUCCCUGUUUGAAGCACUGAAUGAACAGCUGAUUCAAAGAAAUGAUGGUAUUCGUCUUCUUGAGGCACAGAUAGCAACUGGGGGAAUCACUGAUCCAAAUCUAAGUCUCAGGCUGCCUGACCGUGUUGCUAUUAAAAGAGGAUAUCUUGAUGAAGAAAUGAGAACACUUCUGUUAAACCCAACUGAUGAUGCAAAAGGAUUCCUUGACCCAAAUACUAAAGAAAUCCUCUCUUACCGUCAACUGAUAAACAGAUGUGAGAAAGAGCCAGAAACUGGGCUACUUCUUCUACCCCUGCAUACAGAGAAAUCUCAUGCAUUCCACACAGAUGAACAAAUUGAGCUUGCAUUCAAAAACAAAACCGCUACCAUGAAUGUAGGAAAGUAUAAAAACAAAGAGGUCACAUUGUGGGAAGUGUUGCUUUCUGAAUACAUAUCAGAACAAAAAAGGAAGCAGCUCAUACAGCAAUUCAAGACCGGAACCCUGAAAAUGGAGGAAAUCAUUGAAAUACUUACAGUUAUCAUUACAGAGGUAUCAUCCAAAGAAAAGAAGUUCAAAGGACUAAGAAAGCAGGUCUCAGCCAGUGAGUUGUAUGAAUCAAAAAUCAUCUCAAAGGAACUUUUUACACAGAUUAUACAAGGUGAGGUAACAGAAGAGAAUGUUACUAAAAUGGAAUCAAUUCAAAAAUACUUAGGGGCAACAAACUGUAUAGCGGGGGUAAGAGUUGAAUCCACAAAGAAGGUUAUGAGCAUCUAUGAAGCAAAAUCCAAAGGCCUGCUCACCCCUGGCACUUCACUUGUUCUGUUGGAAGCACAAGCUGCUACUGGUUUUGUCAUUGACCCAGUGAACAACAAGAAACUUUCCGUAGAGGAAGCUGUAGCUCAAGGUGUAGUCGGCAGUGAGUGGAAAAAAAAAUUGCUAUCAGCAGAAAGGGCCGUCACAGGCUACAGAGAUCCAUACACUGGAGACACAAUUUCUUUGUUCCAAGCCUUGAAAAAGGAUCUCAUAGUAAAGGAACAUGGAAUUCGGCUUCUGGAAGCCCAAAUUGCAACAGGGGGCAUAAUUGAUCCACUCCAUAGCCAUCGAGUGCCUGUACAGGUGGCAUAUGAAAGAGGUUACUUUGAUGAAGAAAUGAACCAGAUUUUGUCUGAUUCUGAUGAUGACACCAAGGGCUUCUUUGAUCCCAACACCCAAGACAACCUCACCUACAUCCAGUUGGUAGAAAGAUGUGUCAUUGAUCCCAUCACAGACCUGAAUUUACUAGUCAUUGUUAAGAAAGGAGAGUUUUAUUUCUUUGUUGAUGAGGCUACAAAGCUCAUUCUAAAAUCAACAACAACAACAAGAGCAGGAGGUAAAUACCAAGGGAAAACCAUGUCUCUGUGGGAUCUUCUUUACUCCAAAUACAUCACUGAGGAGAAGAGGAGAGAACUUGUGCAGCAGUACAAGUCUGGAUCAAUCACAAUUGAAAGUUUUUUGGAAACCAUCUUGACAAUCAUUCAACAGCAGACAGCCUCGUCCUUAACAAGUGUCACAUGCCAACCACCACAAACCAAAGUUGACAGCAGCACAACCAAAACCACCAUCACCACUACUACAAUCUCAGAAACAAGUCAACUUCCAAAGUUCCAUGGAAUCCGAAAGGAUGUCACUGCAAAUGAGCUCCUAGAAUCCCAAAUCAUCACUGAGGACCUCUACAAAGGUCUUAGCGCUGGAGAAGUCACAGUGACGGAAAUCAGUGAAAUGGACUCGGUACAGAAGUACCUUAAGGGGACCAACAGCAUUGCAGGAGUGUACCUGCAGUCCACUAAGGAGACUCUGAGUAUCUAUGAAGCUAAACUCAGACGCCUACUGACCCCAGGUACUUCUCUGGUUUUGUUAGAGGCCCAAGCAGCCACUGGCUUUGUCAUUGACCCGGUGAAAAACAAGAAACUUUCAGUUGAGGAAGCUGCAGCUCAAGGAGUGGUUGGCAAUGAGUGGAAAAACAAACUGCUCUCAGCAGAAAGAGCUGUUACAGGAUACAGAGAUCCCUACACAGACAAAACAAUUUCUUUGUUCCAAGCCUUGAAAAAAGAUCUCAUUGUGAAAGAUCAUGGGAUUCGUCUCCUUGAAGCACAAAUUGCUACAGGAGGAAUAAUUGACCCAGUGCACAGUCACAGAGUUCCCGUACAAGUGGCAUAUGAAAGAGGUUACUUCGAUGAAGAAAUGAACCAAGUUUUAUCUGAUCCUGAUGAUGACACCAAGGGCUUCUUUGAUCCCAACACCCAAGAGAACCUCACCUACCUCCAGCUGGUAGAGAGAUGUGUCAUUGACCCUGUCACAGGCCUAAGUUUGCUCGUCAUUGUGAGGAAAGGAGAGUUUUAUUUCUUUGUUGAUGAGGCUACAAAGCUCAUUCUAAAAUCAACAACAACAACAAGAGCAGGAGGUAAAUACCAAGGGAAAACCAUGUCUCUGUGGGAUCUUCUUUACUCCAAAUACAUCACUGAGGAGAAGAGGAGAGAACUUGUGCAGCAGUACAAGUCUGGAUCAAUCACAAUUGAACGUUUUCUGGAAAUCAUCCUGACAAUCAUUCAACAGCAGACAGCCUCGUCCUUAACAAGUGUCACAUGCCAACCACCACAAACCAAAGUUGACAGCAGCACAACCAAAUCCACCAUCACCACUACUACCAUCUCAGAAACAAGUCAACUUCCAAAGUUCCAUGGAAUCCGAAAGGAUGUCACUGCAAAUGAGCUCCUAGAAUCCCAAAUCAUCACUGAGGACCUCUACAAAGGUCUUAGUGCUGGAGAAGUCACAGUGACGGAAAUCAGUGAAAUGGACUCGGUACAGAAGUACCUUAAGGGGACCAACAGCAUUGCAGGAGUGUACCUGCAGUCCACUAAGGAGACUCUGAGUAUCUAUGAAGCUAAACUCAGACGCCUACUGACCCCAGGUACUUCUCUGGUUUUGUUAGAGGCCCAAGCAGCCACUGGCUUUGUCAUUGACCCGGUGAAAAACAAGAAACUUUCAGUUGAGGAAGCUGCAGCUCAAGGAGUGGUUGGCAAUGAGUGGAAAAACAAACUGCUCUCAGCAGAAAGAGCUGUUACAGGAUACAGAGAUCCCUACACAGACAAAACAAUUUCUUUGUUCCAAGCCUUGAAAAAAGAUCUCAUUGUGAAAGAUCAUGGGAUUCGUCUCCUUGAAGCACAAAUUGCUACAGGAGGAAUAAUUGACCCAGUGCACAGUCACAGAGUUCCUGUACAAGUGGCAUAUGAAAGAGGUUACUUCGAUGAAGAAAUGAACCAAGUUUUAUCUGAUCCUGAUGAUGACACCAAGGGCUUCUUUGAUCCCAACACCCAAGAGAACCUCACCUACCUCCAGCUGGUAGAGAGAUGUGUCAUUGACCCUGUCACAGGCCUAAGUUUGCUCGUCAUUGUGAGGAAAGGAGAGUUUUAUUUCUUUGUUGAUGAGGCUACAAAGCUCAUUCUAAAAUCAACAACAACAACAAGAGCAGGAGGUAAAUACCAAGGGAAAACCAUGUCUCUGUGGGAUCUUCUUUACUCCAAAUACAUCACUGAGGAGAAGAGGAGAGAACUUGUGCAGCAGUACAAGUCUGGAUCAAUCACAAUUGAACGUUUUCUGGAAAUCAUCCUGACAAUCAUUCAACAGCAGACAGCCUCGUCCUUAACAAGUGUCACAUGCCAACCACCACAAACCAAAGUUGACAGCAGCACAACCAAAUCCACCAUCACCACUACUACCAUCUCAGAAACAAGUCAACUUCCAAAGUUCCAUGGAAUCCGAAAGGAUGUCACUGCAAAUGAGCUCCUAGAAUCCCAAAUCAUCACUGAGGACCUCUACAAAGGUCUUAGUGCUGGAGAAGUCACAGUGACGGAAAUCAGUGAAAUGGACUCGGUACAGAAGUACCUUAAGGGGACCAACAGCAUUGCAGGAGUGUACCUGCAGUCCACUAAGGAGACUCUGAGUAUCUAUGAAGCUAAACUCAGACGCCUACUGACCCCAGGUACUUCUCUGGUUUUGUUAGAGGCCCAAGCAGCCACUGGCUUCGUCAUUGACCCGGUGAAAAACAAGAAACUUUCAGUUGAGGAAGCUGCAGCUCAAGGAGUGGUUGGCAAUGAGUGGAAAAACAAACUGCUCUCAGCAGAAAGAGCUGUUACAGGAUACAGAGAUCCCUACACAGACAAAACAAUUUCUUUGUUCCAAGCCUUGAAAAAAGAUCUCAUUGUGAAAGAUCAUGGGAUUCGUCUCCUUGAAGCACAAAUUGCUACAGGAGGAAUAAUUGACCCAGUGCACAGUCACAGAGUUCCUGUACAAGUGGCAUAUGAAAGAGGUUACUUCGAUGAAGAAAUGAACCAAGUUUUAUCUGAUCCUGAUGAUGACACCAAGGGCUUCUUUGAUCCCAACACCCAAGAGAACCUCACCUACCUCCAGCUGGUAGAGAGAUGUGUCAUUGACCCUGUCACAGGCCUAAGUUUGCUCGUCAUUGUGAGGAAAGGAGAGUUUUAUUUCUUUGUUGAUGAGGCUACAAAGCUCAUUCUAAAAUCAACAACAACAACAAGAGCAGGAGGUAAAUACCAAGGGAAAACCAUGUCUCUGUGGGAUCUUCUUUACUCCAAAUACAUCACUGAGGAGAAGAGGAGAGAACUUGUGCAGCAGUACAAGUCUGGAUCAAUCACAAUUGAACGUUUUCUGGAAAUCAUCCUGACAAUCAUUCAACAGCAGACAGCCUCGUCCUUAACAAGUGUCACAUGCCAACCACCACAAACCAAAGUUGACAGCAGCACAACCAAAUCCACCAUCACCACUACUACCAUCUCAGAAACAAGUCAACUUCCAAAGUUCCAUGGAAUCCGAAAGGAUGUCACUGCAAAUGAGCUCCUAGAAUCCCAAAUCAUCACUGAGGACCUCUACAAAGGUCUUAGUGCUGGAGAAGUCACAGUGACGGAAAUCAGUGAAAUGGACUCGGUACAGAAGUACCUUAAGGGGACCAACAGCAUUGCCGGAGUGUACCUGCAGUCCACUAAGGAGACUCUGAGUAUCUAUGAAGCUAAACUCAGACGCCUACUGACCCCAGGUACUUCUCUGGUUUUGUUAGAGGCCCAAGCAGCAACUGGCUUUGUCAUUGACCCGGUGAAAAACAAGAAACUUUCAGUUGAGGAAGCUGCAGCUCAAGGAGUGGUUGGCAAUGAGUGGAAAAACAAACUGCUCUCAGCAGAAAGAGCUGUUACAGGAUACAGAGAUCCCUACACAGACAAAACAAUUUCUUUGUUCCAAGCCUUGAAAAAAGAUCUCAUUGUGAAAGAUCAUGGGAUUCGUCUCCUUGAAGCACAAAUUGCUACAGGAGGAAUAAUUGACCCAGUGCACAGUCACAGAGUUCCCGUACAAGUGGCAUAUGAAAGGGGUUACUUCGAUGAAGAAAUGAACCAGAUUUUGUCUGAUUCUGAUGAUGACACCAAGGGCUUCUUUGAUCCCAACACUCAUGAGAACCUCACCUACCUCCAGCUGGUAGAGAGAUGUGUCAUUGACCCUGUCACAGGCCUAAGUUUGCUCGUCAUUGUAAGGAAAGGAGAGCUUUAUUUCUUUGUUGAUGAGGCCACAAAGCUCAUUCUAAAAUCUACAACAACAACAAGAGCAGGAGGUAAAUACCAUGGGAAAACCAUGUCUCUGUGGGAUCUUCUUUACUCCAAAUACAUCACUGAGGAGAAGAGGAGAGAACUUGUGCAGCAGUACAAGUCUGGAUCAAUCACAAUUGAAAGUUUUUUGGAAACCAUCUUGACAAUCAUUCAGCAGCAGACAGCCUCGUCCUUAACAAGUGUCACAUGCCAACCACCACAAACCAAAGUUGACAGCAGCACAACCAAAACCACCAUCACCACUACUACCAUCUCAGAAACAAGUCAACUUCCAAAGUUCCAUGGAAUCCGAAAGGAUGUCACUGCAAAUGAGCUCCUAGAAUCCCAAAUCAUCACUGAGGACCUCUACAAAGGUCUUAGUGCUGGAGAAGUCACAGUGACGGAAAUCAGUGAAAUGGACUCGGUACAGAAGUACCUUAAGGGGACCAACAGCAUUGCCGGAGUGUACCUGCAGUCCACUAAGGAGACUCUGAGUAUCUAUGAAGCUAAACUCAGACGCCUACUGACCCCAGGUACUUCUCUGGUUUUGUUAGAGGCCCAAGCAGCCACUGGCUUUGUCAUUGACCCGGUGAAAAACAAGAAACUUUCAGUUGAGGAAGCUGCAGCUCAAGGAGUGGUUGGCAAUGAGUGGAAAAACAAACUGCUCUCAGCAGAAAGAGCUGUUACAGGAUACAGAGAUCCCUACACAGACAAAACAAUUUCUUUGUUCCAAGCCUUGAAAAAAGAUCUCAUUGUGAAAGAUCAUGGGAUUCGUCUCCUUGAAGCACAAAUUGCUACAGGAGGAAUAAUUGACCCAGUGCACAGUCACAGAGUUCCCGUACAAGUGGCAUAUGAAAGGGGUUACUUCGAUGAAGAAAUGAACCAGAUUUUGUCUGAUUCUGAUGAUGACACCAAGGGCUUCUUUGAUCCCAACACUCAUGAGAACCUCACCUACCUCCAGCUGGUAGAGAGAUGUGUCAUUGACCCUGUCACAGGCCUAAGUUUGCUCGUCAUUGUAAGGAAAGGAGAGCUUUAUUUCUUUGUUGAUGAGGCCACAAAGCUCAUUCUAAAAUCUACAACAACAACAAGAGCAGGAGGUAAAUACCAUGGGAAAACCAUGUCUCUGUGGGAUCUUCUUUACUCCAAAUACAUCACUGAGGAGAAGAGGAGAGAACUUGUGCAGCAGUACAAGUCUGGAUCAAUCACAAUUGAAAGUUUUUUGGAAACCAUCUUGACAAUCAUUCAGCAGCAGACAGCCUCGUCCUUAACAAGUGUCACAUGCCAACCACCACAAACCAAAGUUGACAGCAGCACAACCAAAACCACCAUCACCACUACUACCAUCUCAGAAACAAGUCAACUUCCAAAGUUCCAUGGAAUCCGAAAGGAUGUCACUGCAAAUGAGCUCCUAGAAUCCCAAAUCAUCACUGAGGACCUCUACAAAGGUCUUAGUGCUGGAGAAGUCACAGUGACGGAAAUCAGUGAAAUGGACUCGGUACAGAAGUACCUUAAGGGGACCAACAGCAUUGCAGGAGUGUACCUGCAGUCCACUAAGGAGACUCUGAGUAUCUAUGAAGCUAAACUCAGACGCCUACUGACCCCAGGUACUUCUCUGGUUUUGUUAGAGGCCCAAGCAGCCACUGGCUUCGUCAUUGACCCGGUGAAAAACAAGAAACUUUCAGUUGAGGAAGCUGCAGCUCAAGGAGUGGUUGGCAAUGAGUGGAAAAACAAACUGCUCUCAGCAGAAAGAGCUGUUACAGGAUACAGAGAUCCCUACACAGACAAAACAAUUUCUUUGUUCCAAGCCUUGAAAAAAGAUCUCAUUGUGAAAGAUCAUGGGAUUCGUCUCCUUGAAGCACAAAUUGCUACAGGAGGAAUAAUUGACCCAGUGCACAGUCACAGAGUUCCCGUACAAGUGGCAUAUGAAAGAGGUUACUUCGAUGAAGAAAUGAACCAAGUUUUAUCUGAUCCUGAUGAUGACACCAAGGGCUUCUUUGAUCCCAACACCCAAGAGAACCUCACCUACCUCCAGCUGGUAGAGAGAUGUGUCAUUGACCCUGUCACAGGCCUAAGUUUGCUCGUCAUUGUGAGGAAAGGAGAGUUUUAUUUCUUUGUUGAUGAGGCUACAAAGCUCAUUCUAAAAUCAACAACAACAACAAGAGCAGGAGGUAAAUACCAAGGGAAAACCAUGUCUCUGUGGGAUCUUCUUUACUCCAAAUACAUCACUGAGGAGAAGAGGAGAGAACUUGUGCAGCAGUACAAGUCUGGAUCAAUCACAAUUGAACGUUUUCUGGAAAUCAUCCUGACAAUCAUUCAACAGCAGACAGCCUCGUCCUUAACAAGUGUCACAUGCCAACCACCACAAACCAAAGUUGACAGCAGCACAACCAAAUCCACCAUCACCACUACUACCAUCUCAGAAACAAGUCAACUUCCAAAGUUCCAUGGAAUCCGAAAGGAUGUCACUGCAAAUGAGCUCCUAGAAUCCCAAAUCAUCACUGAGGACCUCUACAAAGGUCUUAGUGCUGGAGAAGUCACAGUGACGGAAAUCAGUGAAAUGGACUCGGUACAGAAGUACCUUAAGGGGACCAACAGCAUUGCAGGAGUGUACCUGCAGUCCACUAAGGAGACUCUGAGUAUCUAUGAAGCUAAACUCAGACGCCUACUGACCCCAGGUACUUCUCUGGUGUUGUUAGAGGCCCAAGCAGCCACUGGCUUUGUCAUUGACCCGGUAAAAAACAAGAAACUUUCAGUUGAGGAAGCUGCAGCUCAAGGAGUGGUUGGCAAUGAGUGGAAAAACAAACUGCUCUCAGCCGAAAGAGCUGUUACAGGAUACAGAGAUCCCUACACAGACAAAACAAUUUCUUUGUUCCAAGCCUUGAAAAAAGAUCUCAUUGUGAAAGAUCAUGGGAUUCGUCUCCUUGAAGCACAAAUUGCUACAGGAGGAAUAAUUGACCCAGUGCACAGUCACAGAGUUCCCGUACAAGUGGCAUAUGAAAGAGGUUACUUCGAUGAAGAAAUGAACCAAGUUUUAUCUGAUCCUGAUGAUGACACCAAGGGCUUCUUUGAUCCCAACACCCAAGAGAACCUCACCUACCUCCAGCUGGUAGAGAGAUGUGUCAUUGACCCUGUCACAGGCCUAAGUUUGCUCGUCAUUGUGAGGAAAGGAGAGUUUUAUUUCUUUGUUGAUGAGGCUACAAAGCUCAUUCUAAAAUCAACAACAACAACAAGAGCAGGAGGUAAAUACCAAGGGAAAACCAUGUCUCUGUGGGAUCUUCUUUACUCCAAAUACAUCACUGAGGAGAAGAGGAGAGAACUUGUGCAGCAGUACAAGUCUGGAUCAAUCACAAUUGAACGUUUUCUGGAAAUCAUCCUGACAAUCAUUCAACAGCAGACAGCCUCGUCCUUAACAAGUGUCACAUGCCAACCACCACAAACCAAAGUUGACAGCAGCACAACCAAAUCCACCAUCACCACUACUACCAUCUCAGAAACAAGUCAACUUCCAAAGUUCCAUGGAAUCCGAAAGGAUGUCACUGCAAAUGAGCUCCUAGAAUCCCAAAUCAUCACUGAGGACCUCUACAAAGGUCUUAGCGCUGGAAAAGUCACAGUGACGGAAAUCAGUGAAAUGGACUCGGUACGGAAGUACCUUAAGGGGACCAACAGCAUUGCAGGAGUGUACCUGCAGUCCACUAAGGAGACUCUGAGUAUCUAUGAAGCUAAACUCCGAUGUCUACUGACCCCAGGUACUUCUCUGGUUUUGCUAGAGGCCCAAGCAGCCACUGGCUUUGUCAUUGACCCGGUGAAAAACAAGAAACUUUCAGUUGAGGAAGCUGCAGCUCAAGGAGUGGUUGGCAAUGAGUGGAAAAAGAAACUGCUCUCAGCAGAAAGAGCUGUUACAGGAUACAGAGAUCCCUACACUGAUAAAACUAUUUCCUUGUUCCAAGCCUUGAAAAAAGAUCUCAUUGUGAAAGAUCAUGGGAUUCGUCUCCUUGAAGCACAAAUUGCUACAGGAGGAAUAAUUGACCCAGUGCACAGUCACAGAGUUCCCGUACAAGUGGCAUAUGAAAGAGGUUACUUCGAUGAAGAAAUGAACCAGAUUUUGUCUGAUUCUGAUGAUGACACCAAGGGCUUCUUUGAUCCCAACACUCAUGAGAACCUCACCUACCUCCAGCUGGUAGAGAGAUGUGUCAUUGACCCUGUCACAGGUCUUAGUCUACUCCCCUUGAACAGAUGAUGGAAAGAAAACCGUGACACUACCAUUGACUUUGUUUGGUCAGCAUAUAUAUCAUGUUUUUGUGCUAAUUUCCCCAAGUACUUUUUUGUCAAAUUAACAAAAUCAUUUCCGUGCAUGUCUUUCACAAUUUUACUUUUAUUUCAACCUGUGUUGACCACAUAGAAUAUAUACUGUAUAAACAACACAACAAUACUGUAUCAAUAAGUGUUUUCAUUUAUGGUUUCCUUCACCCCUUUCUCUGUUCAGUACUAUACACCCCUUAAGUCAGCAUACACCAGAGUGGUAGCAGUUGCAUUUGAUGUUGAUGUUUGAUUUGUGGGUCGAUGGAUUUGAGUUUUUCUACAUUUACACUCAAUAUAUAUUCUUAGUAAGUGAAACAUGGGAAUAGGAAAUUGUUGUUUAAGGCCUGUUUACACUUCAGUAUGGAGCCAACCAUGCGUUUCUUUUGUCUUGCAGUUUUAUUGUAAAAAACAAAUAAAUAAUCAAAUUAAUAUAAUAGUCUUUCUUUCAAUGGUAACAUGUCAUGUCGGUGAAAGUCCCAUUAAGUACCCAUGAUAAUUUUAGUUCAACAAAUUGAAAAAUGUCUACCUGGUCUUUAUAGUAAAGAGAACAAGAACCACUAGUGGAAACAACUAGCAAGUAGUGCUGAACAUAAUUUAUUUCAAAUAUUUUAGACAAACUUUCUUUUUUUUUUUUUCAAAUUAUCCAAUGUAAAAAGUGUAGAAAAAGGGUCAUUUGAGAAAUUCUGAUAUACACAAAUGAUUGAGAACAACCCCAGCUCCUGUUUUCAUUGACAUCUAAGCAGUUCCAGUCCAGUUAUUACAAGAUUUGUAAUUGAAUAGUAAAUUUAAAUUUAACCACCAACACCAGUGCAGUCUCAAGAUGUAAUCUACAUGAAGUGGAGUUGAGAUUAAUAUGAACCAGUAUGAGUGUGAAUGCAAUGAGACCUACAUGUGUAAUGCACUUGUGGAAACUUUUAUAAAAAAGUGUUGGGAUAA